CUCUGAGCCAUUUUGGGGACGGUGUCAGUUUGCAGUGUGAGGCUCCAGCGAGCGGAGUGUCCUGGCACUGAGGCAGCCAGAGAGUGCGGGGAUCGGGGCUCUGUGCUGGGGGAGAAGAAGAGUUGCAGGGCCAGGCAGUGCAGGACGAGGAGCGGGAGCACUGCGCACAGGACAAAGCGCUGAACAUGGUGUAAUCUGCCCGGAUCCGGCGGCAGCGCUUGCACGGCUGCAAAGCACAGGAAGCCGGCGAGGUAUCGGGGGACCUCCCACUCUCGGUUUGGCUUUGGCUGGAGAAAGGGGGGGAUGAACGCAGUCCCUGCACUGACAGCGUCUGCAGAUCAGCUCAAGAUGGCCGCCCCUGGGCUGCUGCUCAUCCGCUGAGCGCCCCCCCGGACACCGCAUUGUCCCCGGACCCCCCAGCAACAGUAGCCACCCCAAAGAGAAGCUCACGAGAGAAAGUCCUCUUCUACUGUCACCAUGCAUCGGACGACCAGGAUCAAAAUCACCGAGCUCAACCCCCAUCUGAUGUGUGUCCUCUGUGGUGGAUACUUCAUAGAUGCCACAACUAUCAUUGAGUGCCUCCAUUCUUUCUGUAAAACCUGCAUCGUGCGUUAUCUGGAGACCAGCAAAUAUUGUCCUAUCUGUGAUGUCCAAGUGCACAAGACCAGACCUCUGCUGAAUAUCAGGGCAGACAAAACCCUCCAAGAUAUCGUGUACAAGCUGGUGCCAGGACUGUUUAAGAAUGAAAUGAAAAGAAGAAGAGACUUCUAUGCAGACCAUCCUUCUGCAGAUGUGACAAAUGGCUCUAAUGAAGACAGAGGAGAGGUGGCCGAUGAGGACAAGAGGAUCAUAACAGACGAUGAGAUUAUCAGUUUAUCCAUUGAGUUCUUUGAUCAGAACAGAAUGGACCGGAAAGGAAAUCGGGAGAAGGAAAAAUCAAGAGAAGAGCAGGCUAAUGACAAGAGGUACCUUCGCUGUCCUGCUGCCAUGACUGUAAUGCACCUAAGGAAAUUUCUUAGAAGCAAAAUGGACAUACCUUGCACCUUCCAGAUCGAUGUCAUGUAUGAAGAGGAACCCUUAAAAGACUAUUACACAUUAAUGGAUAUUGCUUACAUAUACACCUGGAGAAGGAAUGGGCCACUGCCUUUAAAGUACAGAGUGAGACCUACCUGUAAGAGGAUGAAAAUCGGCCACCCUACUGGAAGAGUGAAUAACAUUAGUGGAGAUUUGGAAAGUGACUCUGGCAGUGACAAGGCAGGAAGCCCAUCAGCUGGGGUUGCUUCCACUUCCUCCUGCUUCCCGAGCCCCAACACCCCAGUCCAGUCCCCACACCCACAUUUCCCUCACAUUUCCACAACCAUGAAUGGGACCAGCUCCAUUCCUAACAGCAACCACCAUAAUCCUUUCGCCAACAGGGCAAGGAAAAUGUCACUGAAUGGAACAGCAGCCACUUCAUCUGGGUGAAAAGAGGACCGAGGAUACCAAAAGAGACAAGCACCCUGAUCUAUAAACCUGUUCAUGCCAUUACAAGCUUUGUAGAUGCUAAUACAUGUCACUAUGUCCAAAUUGCUUAAUUUUUUUGUGAAAACUUCAAAGUGGCAAUUGCUGGACUUGGCAGUGUUUUUUUUUUUUUUUUUUUUUUUUUUUUUUUUUGUACCUGAAGAUUUGAUGGAGGAAAGGACGACUGUGUGUUUAUUCAUAUUGGACUACUGGAGAUAUACAAGCUAUAAAUGGGGCUUGUUGGAUAUAAUGGGCCUUUACCUAUGUGGAUAUAACUUCAACUACACACUUAUAAUGAAAAGCCUUUUUCUCUUCAGUUGUGACCUGAUGGGAUUCAUACAUGGCUUCCUGACAAGUGUCAGAUUUGUCCUCCUAGGAGCACUUGCUUGGACUAGUCUGGAUUAAACGCCUAAAUGUCCCGAGGAUUACUGAAAGGCUUUGGAUGUAUUGUGAUGAGGGCUCCUGCCUUGCACCCAUUUAUCGAGAUUGUUGUGACCUUGGAUAUAUCAUUUCUGGAUGGACAAAUCAAACCACAAUCUAUCUUGUUUCAGUGGUGUUUGUGGGCUAUUAGAGGGCACUGUCACCUACUCCAAUCUAAGUGCUUUAUCAUCCUACCAAAAGGAAAAUACAUAGACUCCUUUUUUUAUGUAGCCAUUUCACUGUGAAUAGUGAAUAAUGUCGUUAGCUUUCAUGAUUUUCUGCUCUCCAUUUGGCAUUACUGUACCUGUUUGCUACCGGAAUAAUAGGGUUACGUAUUCAUUCACCUGGCAUCAAAGAGUUCACCUGUUCCUGCACAGAAUCGAUCAAAACCUUAGAAAAAAAAAAAACUUUUUUUUUUUUUUUUUUUACCUAAAUCCUUUUGUCUAAAAAGCGGGUACAACCAUAUAUUUUACUGACUUGUUUAAGUGAUUCGCUUUUGUAAGAAUCAGUUGGCAUUAUGCUGGUUGUAAAAUGCCAUAUUGGUAUAUAUGACAUAACAGGAAGACAGUAUUGUAUGAUAUAUUUAUAAAUACUAUAAAUGGAAAUUUUGUGUUUUCAUGCACUCAGAAAUGAUUGUUAAAAUCCCCCCUAUUACAUAUGGUUAUCCUGGUGCCAUCAGCUCCCUGUAGAGGAUUUCUUUCUGCCUCUAAAACCAUGCAAUAAUGGUACUGCAUUUCUUCUUUGUAUUACUUUUAUUAAUGAAAACUUUGGUGGAGAGAAGGUCUGGUGAUUUUUACCGGUGGUAACCUGUCCAGUAUAUGAAGUGUUGCAUCAAGGUGGAAGGGCAAGAAGAAAGCAGACGCUACCGCCCCUUUCCCCAUGGUCACCCCUUUCACCUGCCUUAUUACUUUUAUUUUGUCUGUUCACGUUUUACUCUUUAGAAAUGUUUUUAUCUUUGUUCUGGGGGGGGGAUGGGGACAGAAGAAAAACCCAAGUGGUUAAUCAUUUCAUUGUCUCAAGUCUGCAGAAGAAGCACAAGUCUAUUGCUUUGUCUUGCUUAUAGUCAUUAAAUCAAUACUUUUGCAUA